UCACUCUUUAAAAUUCUUAAACAAAGUUCUAGAGAGAGAGAGAGAGAGAGAACACAAAAAACUGUUAGAGAGAGAAAAAAAUGGAAGAGACAAAGUCCAGAUUCAAGAGGAUCUGUGUUUUUUGUGGAAGCAGUUCUGGGAAGAAAGCUAGCUAUCAAUCUGCUGCUGUUGAACUUGGCCAAGAACUGGUGGAGAGAAGAAUUGAUCUUGUUUAUGGAGGUGGGAGCGUGGGAUUGAUGGGUCUUGUUUCUCAGGCUGUUCAUGAUGGCGGGCGCCAUGUUCUAGGAGUAAUUCCAAGAACCCUAAUGCCUGUGGAGAUAACUGGAGAGACGGUAGGAGAAGUGAAACCGGUGUCGGAUAUGCACCAAAGAAAGGCCGAGAUGGCACGACAAGCGGAUGCUUUCAUCGCUCUACCCGGAGGAUACGGCACGCUCGAAGAGCUUCUCGAAGUGAUUACAUGGGCACAACUCGGAAUCCAUCGAAAGCCAGUGGGACUGUUAAAUGUGGAUGGAUAUUACAAUUCUCUGCUGUGUUUCAUCGAUAAGGCAGUUGAUGAAGGCUUUGUCUCGCCAACUGCACGUCGUAUUAUCGUGUCUGCCCCAACUGCCAAGCUUUUAGUCAGACAACUUGAGGAAUACGUACCGGAGUACGACGAGAUAACGUCACAGUUGGUGUGGGAAGAUGUUGACAGGAGAAGUUACGUGGCCGAAUCAGAGAUCGCCACGUAAUGAAUGGAAGCUUGGUCAAAGUCUUUGUGGGGGUGUUUUGUCGUUACAUGGGUAUAUAAUAUUUUUAUAUAUAUUUAUCAGCAAAGCAUGUGAUCUUUGCAUAGGGCAGCAACUUCCAACACUGGGAACUAUCCUUCUUUUUCUUUUCCUUUUUUUGUGUGGGUAUUUUGGUCAUUUUAUGUAUACGUGUUGGAAGUUCAGAAAAAAGAAAAAUGGAAAUAGAAAGGAAACUUUUUCUUCUUUUUUGAAAUGUUUUUUUGGAAUAUAAUUUACACAUAGUGUGGAUCAUUGAAU